AUGGUUCAGCAGAAAGAAGAUGCUAUCCAGAAAGCACUAGCGGCCAAUUCUCCCCAGCCUGAAGACAGAGGUCGUCUUCCCACGCGACCGGGGUAUGGAACUCGAGGAAACAAAGUUCUUCUUUAUGCGAAUUAUUUCCAAUUAUCGGUUAAGUCCAAAGAAGACUUGUUUCGCUACAAUGUGGAAGUCUCCCAAGAACCCAAGGGGCGCAAGCUGAAACAGAUUUUCCGUCUAUUGCUGGUCUCGCACUUUGCGCAGACGCUUAAUAGCAUUGCGUCGGACUAUAAAUCCAUCCUUAUCUCCAGGGUGGAUCUGUUGCAGAAGCAGCAUGAACGUGUGUAUGACGUGCAUUAUAGGGAAGAGUACGAUGAUCACUCCCGACAGAACGCAAGGGUAUUCAGCGUGAAAGUGACGUUCACUGGGAAAGUUAGUAUUUCUGCUUGCCUUGAUUAUCUCUCUUCGACGAACGCGAGCGCGAUGUUCCACUACAAGCCCGAGGUACUGCAGACCCUGAACAUUGUGAUGGGCUAUUAUCCAAAAACUAGCGAAGAAACAGUAUCUCUGGGUUCAAACAAACAUUUCAACAUUGAUCCGAGCUCUGUCGAACGGUUUGAUUUGGGUGCUGGUCUCGAGGUUCUCAGGGGCUUUUUUGUGAGUGUUCGCGCUGCUACCUCACGAUUCCUUAUAAAUUGUCAGGUCAAAUAUGCUGCAUGCUAUCAGGAAGGAAAGCUAUCAACGAUAAUGGCUGCAUACCGACGAGAAGGUCCCCCAAGCGUCUACAGGCUGGAAGCUUUCUUGAAAAGGCUGAGAGUUCGAGUUACCCAUAUCCGCCGGGUUAAUAGCGAAGGCCAAGAUAUCCCACGGUUCAAAACGAUCACAGGCUUGGCUUCCCCGGCAGAUGGAAAGUCUCUAGCUCACCCUCCAACUGUCCCUAAACACGGUGCUGGGCCCACAGAAGUACGAUUCUGGCUUGAAGGGGUUGGUCCAAAAACCAUUGGUAAGGCAAAAUUCAAAGGGAAAAAACCCGCCAAGUCCGGACCAGAAGAGUCCGGAAGGUACACCACAGUCGAGGAUUUCUUCAGGGAAAGAUACGGGCUCAAUGUUGAUUCCAAGAUGCCAGUAGUUAAUGUUGGCACACGUCAAGAUCCGUCCUAUUUGCCGGUCGAAGUCUGCGUUGUUAUAGCUGGCCAGGCCGCGGGAGUCAAGCUGAGCGGAAGACAAACUCAGAACAUGAUCCGAUUUGCGGUGCGCAACCCCGCCCAAAAUGCUCGAUCCAUUACGACGAAAGGUGCGGGUGCACUGGGGUUGACACCCCAACUCAAUACGACGUUGGUACAGUUUACCUUUCCUUUACUGUUGGGUCAUAUUAACCAGUCGCAACAGCGAUACUUUGGGCUGGAUAGUGACCCUACCCUUAUAACCGUCCCAGGGAGGAUCUUACAAUCACCUUCCGUGCUUUAUAGAGACCGCAGGAAGGUGGACGCUCUCGCGGCCAGCUGGAACAUGAAGUCCGCAAAGUUCUCCACAUCUAGCCGAUUGUCAUUCUGGGCAUUUAUUUACCUUGUCUCCGACAGAGAAAGGGUAUACUUCGGAAAGCCAGCCGACCUAAAGCCCUGCUUGGCUGCUUUGAGCUCAAAACUAAACGACAUGGGUGUUAUUGCGAGCCCUGCAAUGGAUGGAAGGAGACUGGAUGUGACAGGGGCCUACUAUGAUGGAAAAUACCAAGCAGCCAAGCUUGAUCAAGCCAUAACUGAUGCUAUCACAGAAUUGAUGAGUAAACAUAAACUGGACUUGGUCUUGGCAAUUCUUCCCGCCAAGGAUACCGACAUAUACAGCUCAGUCAAACGAGUUUGCGAUUUGCACAAUGGUGUCCGCAACGUCUGUGUGCUCGAGGAAAAGUUUUUCCACAAAAACGACCAGUACCUCGCCAAUGUCUGCUUGAAAAUCAAUCUGAAGCUCGGUGGCGUGAAUCAGGUGUUGGGAACUGAUGAAUUGGGAAUCAUCUCCGAUGGCAAAACGAUGAUCGUCGGCAUCGAUGUCACCCAUCCGUCGCCGGGGUCUGCAAAGCAUGCACCCAGCGUGGCAGGCAUGGUUGCCUCUCUCGAUAAAAGGCUUGGUCAAUGGCCAGCAGAGAUCCGCAUCCAGACAUCCCGCCAGGAAAUGGUCGCCGCCCUUGAUACAAUGCUGCGGUCCCGAUUAAAGCAUUGGGUUGCUGUGAACGGGCAGCUUCCCGAGAAUAUAAUUGUCUACCGCGACGGAGUUUCUGAGGGUCAGUACAAUCUUGUGGUGGAGAAAGAAGUCCCGCUUUUGAAAUCCGCGUGUGAGCCAAUGUAUCGGAAUGGCCCCCCACGCCUUUCGGUCAUAAUCGUUGGGAAACGGCACCACACUCGUUUCUACUCAACUCACGAAGACCAGGCGGAUCGGUCAUCCAAUCCCCAUAACGGCACAGUGGUCGACCGUGGAGUGACUGAAGCGCGAGAUUGGGAUUUCUAUCUUCAGGCUCACUCUGCAUUGCAGGGAACUGCUCGACCUGCUCACUAUUAUAUUGUGUGGGAUGAGAUUUUCUCUGUACAGAAACCGCGUCCACUGUUCGAGAACGCAGCUGACCUCCUUGAGCACUUAACCCACAAUAUGUGCUAUGUAUUUGGUCGUGCGACGAAAGCUGUCAGUAUCUGUCCGCCUGCGUACUACGCUGAUUUGGUUUGUGAGCGUGUCCGCUGUUAUCUCAAGGAAGUCUUUGAUGCAAGUGCGGAACCAAGCCCGUCUGGCAGUAUGCUCGAAGGCGGCACUGGACGGACGCUAGAGACGUCAGACGUUCAAAUCCAUCAAAAUGUGCGAAACACGAUGUUCUACAUUUGA